AUGGAGGUCGGAAGGGCAGUCUAGAGCUGGAAACUGUGAAGAAAACUUCACUCCUUUCACUCCGAGUGCUGAUGUCAUCCUAUUUCCCUAAAGCUGACUUCUGUCUGUUGUGUGUGGGUGCCCACUCGCGAAGCUGGUGAAGAGAGUAAAUAAUGCAUAAGUGAGUGUUCUCUGCCUUCACUUAAUUAUUAACAGAGACUUCUAGCCAACUGAAAAGGAAAAUAACUAAGUUACGAAGCUAAACGGCUGGGUUGUCUGUGGAUCUGUACACUUUGGAGUCAUGUGCUGACAGAAUCCUGUAAUUUUUGUUCAGUGACGAUCCUGAGAAAAUGACAGUGGAUGCUGGCUAAAGGACGAAGGAGAUGUGACCUGAAAAUAUCGAGGGGGACAAGUAAAUGUGUCUUUGUGUCUUUCGUUUCACUUGGAUCCAUGUUUCUAACUUGCACUCCAGAUGGAUUCCUACAGCUUCCACUUUGAGAGAAUGAACAACCUCGACUUGCACCCUCUUAGCCUUCCCGUCAGUCGACUUUCUCCUGCGAAGUCUACUAGUAGCAUAGACCAGUAUACUCACCAUCACGGAAAAGGGGACUCUGCUUAUAGCUCAUUCUCUGGAGGAUCUAGCGCUCCUGACUAUCCUUCACCCUUUCUGCCAGACGAUUUCCACCCACAUAGUCUGCACUAUGCAGAUCUUAAGUAUGUGAAGGCUAUAUAUAGUCCCAACAUCCUGGAGUCAGAUUCAAAGAGCAUGGACCAGCUGUACCGUUCCAUGGAGGCCAUUGCACAGCAACAUCAGCAUCAUCAAAACAAUAACGGCUGUUCCCACAUCAGAGAUUCUCAAGAACAUUCUACCCCUUUAACACCACCACCACCUCCUGCUCGUCUCGAUAGCUUCGUAACCACCCGGAACCUUGAGACCUCAAGGGUGCGCCAGAGUCCUGAGGGGCAACUUGCAGACAUUUCCUCCUUUAGAACCCAGACAGCUAAUCCUGAAGCUCUUGGUCUGAAGUCUGACCCUGUCUAUGGUCGGCGAGUUUCACAGCAUUAUCAGAAGGACCAACUGAAGCAAGACCUUGUGGAUAAGAUCCUUGAGUCAAAGUCAGCAACUCUUUUAAGCCGAUUGCAGACAAGUCAGCCAGAACACUCACAACAGACGAAGGGCAGCCAGUCCGAAAUUCAACGGAAGAGGUCACAUUCAGCUCACGGGGCUUCGGUCACUGAGCAGCAAUGUGCGAUCCACUCCUGGCACAUGGCACAAAACACGAUCAGUGGAAGUAUUCAACACAAAGGGCAGUUCUAUUUUGUCACUGGCGUGUACAAAUCGCCUGAGUCCAGCGUCCCACAGGCACAGUGUGCGGUAGAGAGUUCCGGCGCAGAACCCCACAGGCAGGCUGAACAGCAGAGGUCUCAUAGUACGAUAGAAAACAUGUUCAAGAAUGUUCAAGGAAGAAAACCAAGCAGCCCUGACGGCCCCAGUGGAAAACUGUUUUUUCAAGAGGAAAAAAAAUUAACCACACCAAGUGAAGAUAAGGAGCCUCCUAAUAAUCAUGUGUUUAAUUAUUUCUGUAAGACCGAGAAAGGUGCUCAAAGUGUAGAUGACUUGGAAGAUAUCCAGAGGAUUGUGAGCAUGGAUAUAGGUAGACAUCACACCACCAAUCAUCCUAUCUUCUACUGUGGCCCAGAAAAGAGCUUCUCAGCAUCUGAAACAUCUCAGACUAAGAGUAUUACUGAAAACAACCAGAAUGCACAUGCACAAAAAGAUGAAGCUGUAAACAGAUCGACGAGACAGCCUUUAGCAGAGGUGCCAACUGAGAAGAUCAGCAAAGAGAGCACUCCUCUCCUGUACCACCUUACUGGAGCCAACAGGGCCUCCCACAUGAACAAUGUCAAAAAUGAGAAAAACUCUACAUUGGGUAGCAAAGAUCCAGACUGGGGCAAAGAUAAGCAGAAAGCAGGAAAGGAAUCUUCUGGGGGUGAUUCAACACACAGUGAAGUAUCUACAGAAGAGAAACUAAAGGAGUUCUCUUACCCAUGCAACACCUUAGACGAUUCCUUUAAAAAAUAUUACAAGGAAAAACUGAAGGAUGCACAAUCUAAAGUUUUGAAAGAGACUUCAUUCAAAAGAAAAGAUCUGCAGCUCACUUGGCCAAACAGAAUUAAACAAUGGUCUGACAAGAGGCUCUCUGUCGUACCUUCUGGCCCUCCUUCACAGGAUGUGCAUUCCAAGCUGGAAAGCCCUAUGCAACCUCAUCUGCCCAAGUUUCAAGAAACAGAUAAAGAGACUUUGAAGAACCCUACUCAAGAGAUUGAGAGACAGAUUGAGAAGGAAACCAUGAAGCAGCAGAAUAUUGCUCAGCCACAGGUGCCUCGAAUUGGCUCUAGGAAGCGUCUGACCCCAGAACAGAAAAAACUGUCUCACUCUGAGCCAGAAAAACUACACCAACUGGCAGACAGACCUGUUCAUAUGACCUGCCGAUCCCUUGGCAGUGAGAGUGAAGUAAUGCUCACAGAAGACAACCUCGGUGAGCAUGGCCUGGUUUCUGCCAGACGAAAGAUGUUUGAGACAAGGGGACGUGCUUUGUCAGCCUCCAGCUUCUCAAAAAGCAGUCUCAAGCACCUUCAGCACAAGGCCUUGGUAGCAUACAUGGAACGGAAGACUGGCCAUAAGGUGGCUGAGCCUCAGCAGCCAAUGCCACAGGUGCCCAGCCAGCGGCACUCAACUGCUGGGAGGCAUUCCGACUGGGGCCAAAGACCUCAUUCAGCCAAUGCAGCCUCCAUAAAGAAGAAGCUCCUUAGGCCGCUCUCUGCAGGUCGCAUUCUAGACUCAAGCUCCAAUAAAUCUGCUCAGUUCACCUAUGCCCAACCAAAUAUUCACUCACGUCAGUCUAGGUGGAUCGAGGGAUCGCCACCACCAUCAGGAAAAUGUGCCUCAGUGGAGAACCUUCUAGAUGAGCUGGAACAACCUGGCUCCUCCAGAACCUGCAGCACUUCAAUACCCCAUGCCUUCCAUCAGGCCCAUAGACAUUAUGAGUCUUCACCUCUGCAUGACAAGGACAUCUCAUAUGCCCAGAUUAAAGUGGAAGGAGAAGCACCCGUUUAUAAGCACUAUGCAGGAUCAGUUCCAGACCAGCGGCGAAUGCGAGUUAUGGCUCCCAGAGGGAAAUCAUUAGAGGAACUUGGAGUGUCGGUGGUCAUCAGUCCUAGAGCUCUCAGCAAGAGCUCAGAGCAGCUACACCAGCUCCCUGGCAAGCACUCUGGCAGUGAUAAAAGAGAUCUAUUGUUUUUGACUGAUAAACACAAACAUAUCCAAAGAAAACUCAAGCAAGACCAUCAGGUUGCCGCUGAACAUCAGUCCUCUAAGGAACCCUGCUCAUUGGACCACUCAUCCACAGAACUCCACUUUAGGGUCAGAGCAUGCAAUUCCUCCCCUGCCUCCUCUGGAUCAGAGUUUUCUGCUCAUGUUAAUUGUAUACCCAGUUGUGAUGAUAAACCUCCAGUGACUCUGUAUGGCGAUGGCUGUAAUGGUAGAGAAGGCAAAGUCACAUCUACAGCUAGUCCUCCUAGAGUAACCAGUGAAGACAACCUGGCUGUCAGCAGAAUGAAGGCAGUUUUUCAAGAGCAAUCUUCAACAAAGGCUGAAGAGUCACCUGGAGAUGUGAGUGAGGUGCAGAGAUGUAAUAUUGUCCAUGAAGUAUCCCUAAGCCUUGGGGUCACAACAGACCCCAGUCUGUGGAUUUUGCCACCUGAAAUAGAUGACAAUAGUUCAGAUGAAGGUACUCAACAUACAGCCACAGGUCAGUCUCAGAACACAACGCCUGCUGAACCAACUGCUUCAGAACCUGACACUGAGUCCAGCUUUGCAGUUGAUAGAGAUCAUGAAACGAAGGAAAAAGAGAAGAAAUGUGGACCUCUGGUGGCUGAGAAACCAGAAGAGGACAGUCCAAAGGACCAUCCUCGGUGGGAGACGCUGGUUCAGGAAGUGGUCUCAGCAGACCAAUCACUAGCCCGCAUUUUAUAUCCUAUAACUAAUCGGAAAACAGCACUCAUGCUAAUGGAGCAGUUGUUAUCAGAGGACACUCUUCUGAUGGAAGAACACUAUAAGAAAAAGCAGGAGCAGCAAAUUAACAAGCCAGCUACUGACAGCCCUGAGAUGACUGAUGUUGAUAAAGUAAACAACUCAUUAGCACCAGAUGAAGAUGGCACUUCCCUGACUACCCAGGAGCAAAACAGACAGUACAGUGCAGGAGGUGAUGUCACAGAGAAGAAGAGGCAGCUGAUAGCCCGUAUAGAGGAGCAGCUGAAGUCUCUGGAGGGUUUGCGGUCCUCACUGCAGAGUGAGGAGAGAGAGAAUGAGGGUACGGGCGACGCCAUUGAGGCUCUAGUGCGCGAGUGCUGCAUGCCGGCUGAGCUGGAGCGCUACACACAGUUCAUCGGAGACCUGGAGCGGGUUGUUAACUUACUGCUGUGCCUCUCUGCGCGUCUGGCACGCGUACAGAAUGCCCUCAGCACAGUGGAUGAGAACACAGACGCUGAGGAGAAGCAAUCACUGGACAACAGACAUGACCUCCUGUGCAAACAGAGGGAGGACGCCAAGGACCUGAAGGAUAAUCUGGACCGGCGGGAGCGCAUGGUGUCCACCUUCCUUGCCAAGCAACUGACGGACGCCCAGCUGCAGGAGUAUCGAUGCUUCGUCCAAACGAAGGCCUCGCUGCUCAUCCGCCAGAAAGACCUGGAUGAGAAACAGCGGCUGGGGGAAGAACAGCUGGAGGCACUGCUCAACAGUAUUCCUCCAUGAAAGGUUUCACGUUUUUUCGCACGUCUCUUCUGCCUCUAAGUAUUCUCAGCCAGCGAUCCCCAGCUAGCAGAAAACUAUUUGCUGCUGAGACUGCUUAGGACUUCACGCUGUUGGAGUGGACUAGUUAGACUUGCUUUGCCAAUUCAGUGGCAGUAAGAGACCUAUCCCAAUUUGUUUGUUUUUUUUUCGUUCAUUGUAUUACUAUUUUAUGUUGUACUACUUGGGCUUUAGGUGCUCGCUUCACAUCUCAGCAGUCCGUCUUUGAAAACUAUGAAAAGCUUUAAGUUGGGGACAAUGGGUAGAAAGGGUGGAAAUGAUAAGGAACACACUCGCUGAUGCCUUUUUUCUUUUGUAGCGCUUAAUUUAUUUUUUACUCAUAAGGCACUCUAAAUGAAGACCAAAAAAAGGUAAAUAAAUAAGAGAGAAAAAAGCACUUUGAUAAUGUAACUGCACGUACAUUUCUAACCUUAUUAAAACACUGGUAUUACGGUUAUUUUAGAAGCAUUAUUGCAACCCUUUAUAUAUUUAUUUGUAUCGAUAUUGAGUCUUAAUUGUUUUUAUUGACAUUUUAAAGCUGCGUGCAUGGAUUUAGUCGUCCUGUGUCCUGUAAUUUCACUGGGUGGUAAUCAUGUUCCUUUGUACUGGAUAUAGAAACUGUACAGAUCAAAAUGACAUUCUGAAGAUUUUCGUCAUGGUAUCUAUCCCAAAUUACCUGCUGUCCCUGACUGUUGAGUAGUUCCUAAUUUUAAAGGCUGUCAUAUAAAAAAAUACAUCAUUUGAAAAUGACAGCUGCAUUGUACAUUUUGUGAACAUUUCACAAUGAAUGGACCAACAGAAAUGGUGCACAAAUGACUUGGAGUAAAUUUCGUUAACAUACAUUAAAAUAUUUUUCUUCUAUAAAGUUAUCAGUCCAUACAAGGUUUUGUUAUGACAGUGCUGAUCAGUUGAUACUAUUGAAGUCAUUUGCUAUGAGAAAAUCAAAGGAGCGUUAAGCUUCUAAUGGGACCUCUAUAAAAAUGUGUAUAUAUAUAUAUUAUAUAUAUAUAUAUAUUUAUAUAUAUAUAUACAAAUAAGAUGUGGGCCUACUAGAGAUGGCACCAUACCACUCUCCGAUACCGAUAUUAAAACCUUAAGUGUCAGUCAAUACCAAUAUUUUUAAAACUACAAAGCUUUAAAAUGAGCUAUUUGAUUUGAGGCACUUCAGUUAAGAUCUAAAAGUAGGCUAUCAUGCUCAACUUAUUUAAGCACUCUACUUCCCCCAGGAAGAUGUACAUAGCUAACAACAUCGCAUCGUACAAUGCGAAUCUGUGGUAUUUCAGAGUAGAUUUGGUAUAGGAUUGGAUCGGAAUGACUACGUUUUUCCCCUCUUAAGCUGGUAUAGACCUAAUAUAGAUACCUGGUAUCAGAUCAGUGCCAUCUCUAGGGACCACACAGUCACUAGACGUGAAUGCUCAUGCUAACCCGUUGAGCAGGGGGAAAUGCUUUCCUUGUCUGUCGUUCUCAGGUCAAACAUGCAGCUUCCUUACCAUUCUAAUACAACAACAAACCAUCUGGCCAUCAAUGUCACUGAGAGCUGUGAGCAAGAGCCAGUGAAAGAAGAUUGAAGACCCAAACAUGAAAACUCCUUUUUACUCCUUUAACAGCCAAUAUACGUAACAUUUUGUGACUGUUUUUGCAUCUCUGUGAUGCUAAUUAAUCAAUUUGCUCAGUCGUUCAGGACGUAAUCAUGAUUUGUUUUUGUGGUCCAGUUGCUGCACCUGUUUCGGUGCUUCAGUUUGUAAUGGGGUUUAAUGAAAGAGGAAAAAACCUGUUGAAAGAUCUACAUUGCUACACUUCAUUAAAAGCACCCAAUGACUUGAUGUCGUUGUUGGUAAUGCAAACAGAAUUCCCCUCAUUGUAAAUGAACAUGUUUCCACACUUAUGAGUCCAAUAAGUGACACUUUGUUUAGCAAUCAAUACUCAGUUACUGUCUCAGCCAACGCAAACAUGUGCAACUAUGAAGUGCUUAGAAGAGCUUGAUCCCUCUUUAGUUGUUCACCAUUACAUAUAGAUUAUUGCAUAUUUUGGGUGCUUUGCUGACCAAAGUCUUGACCCAAACUUGGCUAUAACGAGUAACGACACCACUAUGGUGAAUGAACAAUUUUCUAUGUAAGUCCAAAUUUGUGAGUUAAUCUCUGAUCAUCUCCUGACAUUGUUUAGUAACAGAGUUGGUCUGAAUGCCUCUACACAUUUUUUUCAGCACAUUUCUGCUGGGGAUUUAUAGCCAUUUGGCAUUUUCGGCAGACAAACAAAUGGAUGUUUGUUUUGGCUUUUGUACAGAGGGUGGCCCCCAAAGCUUAAGCGAGCCUGUUCUCUUGUGGGCCCGUGUUUAUUCGGCUGCGAGGAAUUCCAGAGGCAUGCGAAAGACCACUAGUGUUUUCCACACAAACACGACAGCCCACCAGCAACAAGGCGGCACAUUCUUUUCUUUAAGAAUCCCUGGAUGAGUCUCUGGUCAUGUACACUGCCUGUCAAAAGUUUUGGAACACCUAGCUUUCCAAACAUCUUCAAAAAUAACACGUUACAAACAGCUUUCUGUUUAGUAACACAUUUUAUAUGCUUGUUUUAGGUGUUUAAACCACCUGUGCCUUUUCAGUAUGCCAUAACGUGUUAUCCUUUCAUACCAUGAUGUGGGUCUCUGAGCUGGCUGAGCAUAUUCACUUGAUACGUAGGGGAGAGGUGGGGGUGAAACAUGAUAUUACCAUGAUAACAUUGAAUUCAUGUUGACUUUGACAGUAGUGUGGAAAAGUGUCAAAUCAUUGUUUUGGCAAAACCUGCUCUUCAUACCAAGUAAACGCUUUGAUGAACAAGUGUGGCAAAUAGGUGUUUAUAUUAAAGAAUGCCACCAAAAUGUCUGUGUAACUGAAUGGUUAAAAUGUUAACAAAGCAGUUCAGAGUGGUUUGAUGUGAAGUGCUCUGUUCUAGAGAAACUUCAGAAUUGUUCACAGUGGUGUGAUAGGAACCAGACGUUUGAAAUGGGUAAUGCUUCUAUAAGCUCCCUAACAGAAAUCUGUUACAUGAAAUGGUUACGAAUGUGUUGCCUGAUGUCAGAGACAUUGUUUUCUGAUACUUUUGAGAGAAGGUUUAGGCCUCAACCGUUAUUUUUUCACUAUAAUUAUCAACAUUACAUAUAAAAACCCACUUGAGACAUGUAGUACCAGUGAAUUACAGAGAGAUUUUAAAAAAUAUUACAGAAAACUUGCAGGUAUGUAACUAACAAGUAACAGUGAAAACCAAACAUCUCUCUGAAAACAUCUAAAGGUGUUCCCAGCUUUUGACAGGCAUUGUCUAUAGAUGGGUGUUGUGUACCACAUCCUUCUUUUCUCAUCUGCCAUUUAGUAGUGGUUUAGGCUUUGGUUUUGCUUCACAAUUCAGCUCUGUGGGCAGACCUCAGCCAGCCAGGAGUUGUGCAACCCAGCUGGAGGCAGAUUGUGUAACAGAGGAGGGGAGUGAGUGUAUAUUUGCGGCUUGGAUCCCAUUAAUCUUCUUGAAUGGGUGUUAAUAUGUUGUAGUGUGUCAUUGUGUGCUUCAAGUAUCCAGAUGUUGUGUUUUGUGCUCUUUCCUCAUCAAAGCACUUCAACAAAUUGUUUGUAAAAUGGACCAUAUGAAUUCCACUGCUUUUGUUAUGUGAAUAAAUGACAUUGUCUCCUUGACUGCUCAA